CCAGAAAACAAAAUAUCAGAUUUAUCUUUUUCUGAGCAAUGUGAAGAAAAAGGGCCUAUCAUGUUCGAAGCCAAACCUGAUUCAGAGUUAAUUAUCAAAUCCGUGUUAGAGCAUUUCACAUACUUGAAAUUCCGAAUA